UGGACAAAAACAAACCUCGGGAGGCUCCUGCAAGACCCAUAAACACCAGCAGCGGCUCACAGGGAGCAGAGCCUGCAGGAGGAAACAACCAGAACCAUCAGCAAACUCCACCAGAGGUACCAGAAGUGGUGAAAGCUAACACACCAGUGACACCAGUACCUGCCGCUGAUACCACCACCACCACUACCACCGGUUCAGGAACCACCGGAGCCUCUGGUCUGGGGUUCAAAGCCAGAACAGGGUCACGGUCCAGCCCCAGAACUGGAUCCCGACUGCAGACUUCAUCAAGGCUGGUCUCAGCCGGAGCUGUUGUUCCGGGGGAUGGGGCGGUGCAGACUAAACCAAACCAGAGCAAAGAGCAGGCGGAGAAGAAGAACCAGGCCAUCAACCAGCUGAGGAAGCUGCUCAUCCAGGGGAACAAGAAGGUGGAGGCUCUGGCUACAGUCAUCCAACAUCUCUUCACUGAGCGUGAAGAGUCCAUGAAGCAGAAGAAGGAGCUGUCACUGGAGCUGGCAAACCUCCGAGAUGAGCUGGUGGCGUCAGCUCAGUGGUGCAAGCAUCUGCAGAAGGAGAAAGAGGAGGUGCGUGCCAGCCUGGAGGAGGCCCUGAAGAGGCUGGAGGAGCAGCACAAGGGGGAGCUGGUGCAGCUGGAGGACAGAUUGAGGAGUUUUUACCAAACAGAGUGGGACAAAGUCCACCAGACGUACCAGGAGGAGGCCGACAAGUGCCGCCUGCUGAUGGAGCAGCAGGUGGACGAGCUGAGGAGCCGACAAGAAACGGAGAGGAAGAACCAGGAAGUGAGUCACAGCAAGAACAUGGAGUCCGUAAAACUGGAGUAUGAAACAUCUAUAGGAGAGCUGAAAAGGAUUCAUCACACAGAUCUGGAGAAUCUUCAGAAAGCGGUGAAGGAGACUGAAGCGUCGCUCAAUGAGAAAGUAUCGGAGCUGUCGGCAGAAAAGGAUACUCUGAACGAGAAGCUGAAAGCAGAAGAGGAGAGGAGGAGACACAUACUCAGCGACAAGAAUCUGAAGGACUCCCACACGGUGUACCUGGAGCAGGAGCUGGAGAGUCUCAAGGUGGUGCUGGAGAUCAAGAACACCCAACUGCACCAGAAGGACAAGAAGCUGAUGGAGAUGAACAAACUGGUGGAGACUAACGUGAAGCUAGAGGAGUGUUUGAAUAAGGUCCAACAGGAGAACGAGGACUACAGGGCCAGGAUGGACAAACACGCAGCUCUCUCCAGGCAACUGUCCACAGAGCAGGCCAAACUCCAGCAGACGCUGCAGAAGGAGUCCAAGGUCAACAAGCGUCUGUCCAUGGAGAACGAGGAGCUACUGUGGAAACUGCACAACGGAGACCUGCUCGCCAGUCCCAGCCGCCGUCUGUCACCCACCUCACCCUUCGGCUCACCCCGGAACUCUGCCUCCUUCCCCACAGCUGCACCCGUAUCGCCGAGAUAACCCCGACAAACGAUGAACAGCAUCCCAUCCCUCUGCUCAUUGACCUCUUGACACGAAGACUUCCGUCUCAGCGGUGUCGUUGGAUGUUGGUGUUGAACUUGUAAUUAAGAAAAGAAAUUAUAUUAAAGACUCUUAUUUUGAAAGUGAAAUGACAUUGCAGUGGCACCGAUGCACUUAAGUGUGAGCGUGGGACUAGCCUUGCGCUCUAUCAAGAGCCUGUUCUCCUACAAACUUUUCUUCUUUUUCUGAAGAAAACCUAAACAACAGGCACAUCUCAGGGUCUGUACAUAUCGCCUCACUCUCGUUGUGACUAUCCUUAAACGUUUUAUUUUGGUUGUUAUGUUGUAAAGUUAAAGCUCAGCUCAUCCUGAUCUCUCAUUAUAGCCUUUUUUGAAGGCGCAGGGUGAGAACAAACCUUGGAUUUGAGGCGUUUGUGGAAACAGACUCUGAGUUGUUUGGGUUUGGUGAAUCAUAAGGCAAAAAAGAAGAGGUACUUUUGGUGGAGUAGCAUGGAUUAUUAUUUUUUUUGCCUUUUUCCUUCUUUUAAAGAGGACGUUAUUUCUCCCCAAAGAGCGAGGCUCAAUCAUGGAUCUGCUUUGUAUCUCUGGAUGAAGCAUAAGGACUUGAUGUGCUCCUGUUGGAAGAAACGAGAACAAAUAUUCAGUUUGUUGAUCCAAGGAACUUUCCUGAAUUACUGACAUGAACCUUUGAUCCAAUGGAUGUCUGUUCCUUCUGUGAGCUCCUCACAACCUCUACCUUAAUCUACUUUGUGGAAUGUAAUCACCCUUGGAUGUUAAAUCUGAGCAGGCCAGUGCAGACUCACACACACACACACACACACACACACAUCUUCUCAGAGCCAAAUAUGCAGUUUAUUUAAGUGUUCAUCCCCCUCCUCGGCUCUUAUAUCCCUUCAUCUCUUUUUAGUAAAGACAUACAACCCCACACAUCCUCUGAAAACGCCUUGUGCCCAAAGAGAAAUAAGACAAAGUUGAACCAAUGACUGAUCAUUUAUUUAUCCGUCUUUGCUUUGGGUCACUUAUUCAAUCAUCAGUGAUCGUUUCCACAGAGAAAUCUCCCUUAAACCAACACUCUGGUUUGACUAAUCCCAACAAAUAAAACUCUGUGUGUCUGGUGUUCAUCCUGGAAACCUCAGAUGUACCCGUAUUGCCUCAGUGUACCAUGUUCUGCUUUACUUUGGACACAGAAUAAAUACAGUAUGAAAUAUGA